AUCGCAAAGAAGAAGGCGGAAGUGACGAAUUGCCAGUCAUGUUUGCUUCUGCGUGUGGUUUUGGGUUUUACCGGAACGUGUGUGAAGCAUAUAUGUAAAGGUGGGCUGAUUCUAUAGAACUGAACAUAACUCGUGCAGCGGUUCGGUUGUUCAGGACCGACCGAACUGGAGAGGAGAGGAUGCUGAGUGACGGUGAAGCCGCGGAGCUCCGGUCCUUCCUGACCAUCGGGACCCGUCCGGAUGUCAAGGCCGUGGCAACAGAGUCGCUGCUGGGUCUGUCUGCUCACAGAGAUGGGUGCCGUUUCCUCCACUCCAAACCCGAGCUGAUAGCCGCGCUGGUGGAGCUGACCUCUGACCCAUCUGUUGCUAUAGUGAAGGACUGUUACCACAUCCUCAUUAACUUGUCUGCCGAUGAGACGCUGCAUCAGGUUAUAGUGAAUAAGGUCAAAGUUCUUCCACUGUUGUUGAAGAACCUUUUGGACCCAGGAUACUUGUUCUCCGAUCAGAUCUGCACCAUUCUGUCAAACCUGACCCGGCACGAGAAGACCUGCAGGACGGUGUUUGAGGUCCUGCAGGAGGACAUUGGUCUGGCUAAACUGGUGGCAAUCUUCUGUGAUGAAAACUACAAUCAGAAAGCCAAGAUGCACUACCUGGGUCCUCUCCUGUCCAACUUGACUCAGCUACCCCAGGCCAGAACCUACAUGAUGGACCGGGACAGGUAUGUGAUUCAGAGAUUACUCCCCUUCACCCAGUACAAGGAAUCAGUUGUGAGAAGGGGCGGAGUUAUUGGGACUCUCCGUAACUGCUGCUUUGACCACACUCAUCACCAGUGGUUGCUAAGUGAGGCUGUAGACAUCCUGCCAUUCCUGCUGCUGCCGCUGGCCGGUCCUGAGGAGCUGACGGAGGAAGAAAAUGAAGGUCUCCCUGUGGACCUGCAGUUCCUCCCCGAGGACAAGAGACGAGAGGAGGACCCCGACCUACGGAAGAUGCUGCUGGAGGCGCUGUUGUUGCUGACGGCGACCAAAGCCGGCAGACGAAUGCUGAAGGACAAGAAUGUUUAUCCAGUGAUAAGGGAGUUGCACCGCUGGGAGAAAGACGCUCACGUUGCAGCAGUCUGCGAGAAACUCGUCCAGGUACUGAUUGGGGACGAGCCAGAAGAAGGGAUGGACAACCUGCUAGAGGUGAACAUCCCAGAGGAGGUUGAAGAGAAACUCAGAGAAGCCGAUGCAAAAGAGCAGGAGGAGCUGGAGGAGGAGACCAGGAGGAGAAGGGAGGAGAGCGAUGCUGAGCAAACAGAAAGAGAAGGGAGGGUGUAGGACCUUGGGUAUAAAACUCGGACCCUGCCCAGGACCUCUGAUCUCUGAAUCUGGACUUUCCUGACAUUAAAGGGUUUCUGUUCUCUGAA